AUGUCAGCUCCAGCAUCCAAUGCGCCUUCAUCACCAUCAUCUACUAGCACUCUGCCUUUAAUACAACAAUUAAUGCACUAUUCACGAAACAUAUUUGGCAAAAUGACAAGCAAUAGCACUCAUCCCACACAGCGAAGACGCAGCCAGCAAUCUGUUGAACAACAUAUAUACCCCACGCAAGAUCAAUUGAUGAACAGCAUGAAAUUGAUCGACCAAGCAGAAAAUCAUCUGUUUGGUAGAAAUGGCUGUCAAAAAGACUACAAGCUCACCAUCAAAUUACUGGUGAAAGCCACUCAACUACACAACCAAAGCGCUUUUGCCGUGCUUGGAUUCUGCUAUGAAUUUGGAUUUGGUGUGGCGAAGAAUUUCAAGACGGCAGAACAGCAUUACAUUUCGGCCCUUCCACCCGAUGACUUGAAAUACGGCAUCAACGAUGAAAGAAUCUUGCUUGCUAUUUCUCGGCUGGCAUUUCUGCGAAAAUACGGAAGACCAGGAGUCUACAUUGACCGCAUAGAAGCCUAUAAAUGGGAAUCUCAGGUAGAGUUGGGCGGUUUAAAAUCGAUUGCAUGGAUUCAACGUGCAGCUAUCGAUGACAAUUGCCCUGCAAGCCAGUACUGUCUAGGUGUUUGUUAUCACGAUGGCUUGGCCCUGAAAAAAGACGAGAAGGCUGCUUUUCAUUGGUACAAGACGAGUGCGGAUCAAGGCAACUGUCGCGGUCAAGGCAUACUAGGCUAUUGCUAUGGCGAAGGCUUUGGCGUAGAAAAGAAUGAGGUUGAAGCCAUGAGGUACUAUCGACUGGCUGCAGCACAAGGGGAAACUGUUGCUAUUUAUAAUAUUGGAUACUGCUACGAAGAUGGUAUUGGCGUUGGAAAGAACAUGAAGGAGGCAGUAAAGUACUACAGACUCGCCGCAGAACAAGACAAUGCAUUUGCUCAGAAUUCGCUCGGCUAUUGCUAUGAAGAUGGCAUUGGCGUAGAAGAAAACCAAGAUUUGGCUGCUGUUUGGUACAAGCGAUCUGCAGAACAAGGCUAUCCAUGGGCGCAAUGCAAUCUGGGCUACUGUUAUCAAAAUGGCAUUGGUGUACCCAAAGAUGCUGCCAUGAGCGUUCACUACUAUCGAAAGGCUGCUAUUCAAGGGCACGCUCGUGCACAACACAACCUGGGCUUCUGCUACCAAAAUGGCAUUGGCAUUGAAAAGAACGAAGAAAAGGCUAUCGAAUGGUUUCAACAGAGCGCUGAGCUGGGCAACAUUUUUGCAUUCCAUUCAUUAGGAUACUGUUACCAAAAUGGAGUUGGUGUUGAGGUGAAUGAACCGGAAGCAGUAUACUACUACAUGCUGUCAGCUGAACACAACCAUGCUCCUGCUCAACUGUCCCUAGGAUACUGCUAUCGUAAUGGCAUUGGCGUUGAAAAGAAUGAACGAGAAGCAUGCAAAUGGUUCCGAUUAUCUGCUUUGCAAGGAAACGCAGUAGGGCAAAAUUCGCUUGGAUUCUGUUAUGAAGAAGGCAUGGGUGUCAAAAAGAAUCCUCAAAAGGCAGCCUACUGGUAUAUGAAAGCAGCAAGGCAGAACAAUGCAUGGGCACAAUGUAACUUGGGCUUCUGUUAUGCAAAUGGCAUUGGUGUUCGACAAAAUGCAGCCAGAGCAGUCAGUUGGUAUCGAAAAGCUAGCGAGCAGAAUCACGCAAGAGCGCAAGAUAAGCUGGGUGUCCAUCUACAAAGCGGUAUUGGUGUCGCUCAAAAUCUCGAGUUGGCCUUCUUGUUGUUUGAACGCUCAGCAAAGCAGAAUCAUGUUGCUGGUCAGUUCCAUUUGGCCAAUUGUUACGAGAAAGGAUUGGGAUGUCCAGUUGAUCUUGGAAAAGCAACAGCUUACUUUGAAAGAGCUGCAAUGGCUGGCUGUCGAAGCUCACAUGAGCGUCUAAGAAGACUACUUGUGCGCGUAUGUCUGCUGUCUCCUGACACACUUCCUUCUGUCACUACCAUGAACGAAAGCGAGCUGUUCUCAAAGGGGUUCAUCAUUGGCUGCAGUGCACCUGCUGCUUAG